AGUCUCUUUAAAAGGCCCUCGAGAAAAAUCUCCGCGUCACCACCAAGCACGUCCCCGUUCCAUUACAACAAAAGAUCGUGCUAGUAAGCAAUACGCUCAAUUUGAGUUUGAGGUCGAUUUCUGGAGCAUUCGAGUUCUUUUCCAGUAAACUUUUCAGGUUUAAGCGCGGAUUGAUGGCAGAGCUGCUGUAGAUUUGGAGCAUUUUGGGGUUGGUUUUUUGCGAUUUGAGGAUCGAAUCGGGCUGGUACAACCGCGCUCACGUGCAUAUAUAAGGCGAAUUGGCGGUUUGUUGGCUACAAUUGUUCGGUUCUUAUCUUGAAGGGUGGUGCGAAUUGGAGGAUUCUUCCCGAAUCGAGAAGGUGUAGGCCAAAUUCGCAAGGAAGCUGCAGCUAUCCGCGUGAGAAGGCUGCCUCUCACAAAUUCUCGGUCGGUGCCAUCCCGGCGGUGGACUGCUUUUGGGCUUCUUCGAAGGUUCGUAUCUUUUGGCUCAGGAGAAAGUGGUUCUGAAGGCCUCGGGCUUCUCAUCCCCAAUUCGAUCCGUUCCCGAGACGGUGAUUGGGUCAUAGAUGGGGACGGGGUCGAGCAUCCUGGGCGCGGAUGGAGAGUGGGGGGAGACGUCCCUCGGCGACAUGCCGGAGAGCUGCGUGGCGGCGGUACUCCUCUACCUCGACCCGCCGGAGAUCUGCCAGGUGGCCCGUCUCAACAGCGCCUUCCGCGGCGCCGCCUCGGCGGACUGCGUCUGGGCCGCCAAGCUUCCCGCCAACUACCGUUACCUUGCGGCCCUAGCCGCGGCCGCCGAUGACGAGGGCUGUGGCGAUGGAGAUGCCAGCGGCAAGCGCUUGACCAAGAAGGAGAUUUACGCUCGUCUGUGCCGAUCCACUUUCUUUGAUGCCGGCAGAAAGGAAUUCUGGAUUCUGAAGAACAAGGGAGCCCUUUGCAUGAGUAUAUCAUCAAAGGCAAUGACUAUUACCGGGAUAGAUGAUCGGAGGUACUGGAGCCACCUCGCUACAGAGGAAUCAAGAUUCCAUACUGUUGCCUAUCUCCAGCAGAUUUGGUGGCUCGAGGUAGAUGGGGAGCUUGAGUUCUGCUUUCCUGCUGGUGCCUACAGCCUUUUUUUUCAUCUUCACCUGGGUCGACCCUAUAGGCGCAUGGGUCGUUGGCUUUGUGGAACUGAGCAUGUUCAUGGUUGGGAUGUCACGCCCACACGGUUCCAGCUCACGACCUCUGAUGAGCAGCAGGCGACAUCCGAAUAUUAUCUGCAUCUACAUGAACAAGGGGGCUGGAAGCUUUACCAUGUUGGUGAUUUUGUCAUAUCAAAUUCCGAUGAGCCCAUGAAACUCAAGUUCUCAAUGAUGCAGAUCGAUUGCACACAUAUGAAAGGCGGCUUGUGCGUUGACUCCGUGUUUAUAUAUCCUAAAGGGUACAAGCCUGAGAAGGCGAACAUAGUCUGCACCUAGUUCGGCAAAGUUGGCCUUGUACCUCUCCUGCAUGAUGAAACAAGAGGCAAUUCAAAUGUGGAUGGCUAGCCUUUUUCCUGGCGAUCCUUACCUGAAAGCCCAUUGUACAUUCUUUUUGUUUUUUCCCUUCAUUCUGGUAGUUUUGCAUGAAUGUAAGGUCUUUCUUGUUUUUUUUUGGGUAGUGUUAGUUAAACAGGUGGAGAAUAGGGGAUUUAGAAACAGGUCAAGUGAAGUAAGUCUUGAGUCAUUGAGGCGGUAGAUUGCCAUACAGCAAUAAUAAUGUUCGGCGAGCUGGAUUGAUUUUUUUUCUCUCCCUGUCCUGAGGCCAGAAAACAUUCAGUAUCUGUUAUCAUCGGUGUCUUCAGAGGCUAAAAGUCCAUUUUGUGUAGACUGACGCGUGUGGUCUGUUUUGAAUACAAUGUGUGAUUGAUAUGUUACAAGGCGAUUCUUUCAGUUCGCAAUUUGACAGUUA